UUAGCCAUCAGGCAGGGAUAUUUAUCGAGGUUGCGUUGUAGCGAGAUUGAUUCAAUAAACAGAUAAAGGCAAUGUUUAUUUUCGAUUGGUUUUACGACAUUCUAGCAUCGCUUGGAUUGUGGCAAAAGGAGGCCAAGAUCUUAUUCUUGGGCCUCGACAAUGCAGGCAAAACCACAUUACUUCAUAUGCUCAAAGACGAGAGAUUAGUCCAGCAUCAGCCAACACAGUAUCCCACAUCAGAAGAGUUGAGUAUUGGGAAAAUCAAGUUCAAAGCUUUUGAUCUUGGGGGUCACCAAAUUGCUCGAAGAGUUUGGAAAGAUUACUAUGCCAAGGUAGAUGCGGUGGUGUAUUUGGUGGAUGCGUAUGACAAGGAAAGAUUUGCCGAGUCAAAGAAAGAAUUGGAUGCUCUGCUGUCGGACGAGGCAUUGGUGACUGUGCCAUUCCUUAUUCUUGGGAACAAGAUUGAUAUACCAUAUGCUGCCUCAGAAGAUGAAUUGCGUUACCACUUAGGGCUGUCCAACUUCACCACCGGCAAGGGUAAGGUUAGCUUGGCGGACUCAAACGUGCGACCCAUGGAGGUUUUCAUGUGCAGUAUUGUGAGGAAAAUGGGUUACGGGGAUGGCUUCAAGUGGCUUUCUCAGUACAUCAAAUGAGUCCGUCCACUACGGUCAGAUCGGGAGGGCUUGGCAUCUUAUCUCUAUUGCUUGUAUUCUGAUGUAGUGAGUUGGAGGUGUCAUUCCAACGGAAUUACUAUUGCGAAAAGGAAUUGCAGUGUCGUACACAUUUUUAUCUUUGAUGAAAAAUAGAAAAGAGACAAAGACCACCUCUAUGAUAGAUAUUGUGAUUCAUGAGAGAAUGCGCGGGACCCAUCAAGCCUCUUGAUGAACUCA